AUGGCCCCAAGCGCAGUCAAAGACGACCAGGCUCAGGAGUAUCUUCACUCCCUGGAUGCUACGUUGGUUGACCAUGACCUUAUAGAACCAAUUGCUGUUAUUGGAUUCUCUUUGAAAUUCCCCCAAGAUGCAACCUCGGCCGAAUCAUUUUGGAAGAUGCUCAUGGAAGGGCGUUCUGCCAUGACAAAAGUACCAGAGAAUCGGUUUAAUGUUGACUCAUUCUAUGUACCAGGAACGCAAAGGCGGGACGAGCUACCAGUAGAAGGUGGUCACUUUAUCGAAGAAGAUAUUGGAUUAUUUGACGCUGGAUUCUUUAAUAUUAGUCCAGUAGAGGCUUCUGCAAUGGACCCGAUGCAACGAAUGAUGUUGGAAACUGCGUAUAGAGCCUUUGAGAAUGCCGGCCUUCCCCUUGAAAAGGUCACUGGUACCGAUACCUCAGUCUUCACAGGCUGCUUUACCACCGACUAUCUGUUACAACUGAUGAGGGAUCCUCAAUAUUUGCCAACCUAUGCGGCUACAGGUGUGGCAGGAUCUUUACUGGCUAAUCGACUUAGUUGGUUUUUCGAUCUUAAAGGAGCGAGCGUCAAUCUUGAUUCAGCAUGUUCUAGCAGUGGCAUGGCGCUCGACUGGGCCUGUUCCCAGUUGCGUGACGGAUCAUGUAGAAUGAGCGUAGUUGGAGGAUGCAAUCUAACGUUUGCUCCAGAGUACUUCGAGUUACUCACAAACAUGAACAUGCUAUCUCACUCAAGUCGUUCUUUCUCGUUUGACUCCAGAGCCAAUGGCUAUGCUCGAGGUGAAGGGUUUGGCGUGGUAAUUCUGAAACGGCUGGAAGACGCCAUCAUGGAUGGAGACACCAUCCGUGCCGUUAUUCGCUCUACAGGCUGCAAUCAAGAUGGUCGAACUCCUGGAAUUACUCAACCAAGCAGUGUUUCUCAAGAACAUUUGAUUCGUGAAACAUAUCGAAAAGCAGGUUUGAAUAUGGCAUUGACUAGGUUUUGCGAGGCUCACGGCACAGGAACAGCUGUGGGGGAUCCGAUUGAAUCGAUGGCAAUUGGAAGUGCUUUCAGAGAAUUUCGUACACCUUCAAAUCCACUUAUUGUUGGUGCCUUGAAGAGUAAUAUCGGCCAUCUUGAGGGAGCGGCCGGCAUCGCAGGACUUAUAAAAGUUGUCUUGUGCCUUGAAAAAGGCGUUAUUCCACCCAACGUCGAUUUCAGAAAUGUGAAUCCUAAGAUAGACCCGGAAUAUCUUUCCUUAUUGUUCCCCACUACUCCCAUGCCAUGGCCUACAAGUGGUCUACGAAGAGCCUCUAUCAACUCCUUUGGAUUUGGCGGUUCCAACAGUCACUUAGUAGUUGACGAUGCUUACAACUUCUUGAAAAUUCACCAAUUAAGUGGAAAUCACUGCACUGUUUCAGUACCGCCGGUACCCGAAGCAUUGGUACCGACCAUCUUUUCUAGGGCAGAAAUAUCACAUGACCAUUCAAAAUCAAUUCACGCAUCCUCCCCAUCCGCUAUACAACCCAGGCCACCGAAGCUCUACGUUCUCUCGGCAGGUAGCGAAAGCAGUCUAGUUAAAUUGAUCGAUUGCUAUGCCGAUUACUUUAAAGAGGGCAUUGCGAAAGGGAAAUACUCUCAGGCUUUCCUAGAUGAUCUAGCAUACACAUUAGGGUCACGGCGAACACAUCUUUCAUGGCGAUCUUUCUUCAUAACGUCAUCUAGCACAGAUCUCCAAGCAGUUGAACAAAAUGCGUCUACUCCUAGAGAGAAGAAUGAGACAUUACCACGUCUGGGUUUCGUAUUUACGGGGCAAGGAGCACAGUGGUACGGAAUGGGACAGGAGCUCAUGGCAUACCCUGCUUUCCACGAAAGUGUUCACGAGUCAGACAUAUAUCUUAGAAGCUUAGGGUGUGAAUGGUCCGUCUGUGAUUACUUUACCCAGAACGCUAUCAAGCUCGAAAUUGACGCCCCAGUGCUAAGUCAAACUUUAUGCACGGUACUACAAAUAGCUUUAGUAAACCUCUUGGAGUAUUUUGGCAUCACACCAUCUGUAGUUUGUGGACAUUCGUCUGGUGAAAUCGCUGCUGCUUAUACUGUCGGCGCUCUGUCCAAAGAGUCGGCAUUAAAGGUUGCCUAUUAUCGCGGUCUUUUAGCCACCUCUCUGCCCGAAACGUGCCCAUACACAGGUGCAAUGUUGGCAGUGGCACUUUCUGCCGAACAAAUUGGUCCUUACUUUGCUAAAGUUCGCAAAGAAGGGCAAUGGGGGCCAGUUGUAGCGUGUUAUAACAGCCCAGAAAGCAUUACUGUAUCUGGCUUCGAAGAUCAAAUUGAUGAAUUGAUACUACUUCUCACUGAGGCUAAUGUCUUUAAUAGAAAACUCCGAGUGAAUGUGGCAUACCAUUCACCUCAGAUGACAGAAGUUGCGCUUGAGUACUUGGAGCGGUUGACACCGUUAAAGCAGGGACACCGGCAUACCCAUCCUGUGGGUAUGGUAUCCUCAGUUACCGGUGACGACUAUAUUGCCAGUGAAAUCUCCAACGCAAGCUACUGGGUUGAGAACAUGGUCUCGCCUGUGCAAUUUUCGCAGGCCGUCGAAAAUAUGUGCAAAAAGUCACCAAAGUCGGUGACAAAGAAGGUAAACCGGAGCCAUCGAUCUGCGGUAGCUGUUGACUACCUCUUGGAAAUAGGACCCCAUGGAGCUUUGAGAGGCCCAGUACGCGAAAUACUCAAGUUUCAUCGCCGCGGAACCGAUAUAAAAUAUGACUCGCUACUUAGCCGCAACGUUUCAGCGCUGGACACAUUGCUACAAGCUGUUGGUCGAUUACACUGCUCAGGCUAUAUGGUCAAUUUAUCAGCAAUUAAUGGGCUUAGCUCGAAGCCAUCCAAAACUGCUUGGAUGGCCCUGCCUAGUUUACCCGAAUAUCAAUUCAAUCACUCCCAGAGACACUGGCACGAAAGUCGGAUUACCAGUGACCUGAAACAUAAAAAUCACAGAUACAUGGAAUUGUUAGGCAAGCAGUCAUUGGAUUGGAAUCCUUUGACUCCUUGUUGGCGAAAUUUCUUGAGAAUCAAGGAUAUGCCGUGGAUAGAAGACCACAAAAUUAAUGGCGUUGUCCUAUAUCCCGGCGCUGGGAUGUUAGUCAUGGCUAUUGAAGCAGCACGAAAGAUCAAUGCUCAUCAAGAAGUCCUUGGGUACCAACUCACUAACAUCACUUUCUCCGCUGCACUGGACGUUUCGGCGGGAGAGCUCGAAACACAGCUGGCACUCCAACCGCAAAAACAAGCUCCCGGGUCAAAAGACCGCAGCUUCGAGUUUGUGAUAUCUUCUUACUCCGCUGGUCAAUGGUCUGAGAAUUGUAGAGGUAUGAUUUAUGUCCAAGCCAAAGACAAUUCUAGCCUUGAGGAGAGCGAAGUAUCCACGGAGGGUUUACGGCUGGGCGGUAUUGCAAGGACCAUUCUCUCAAAGCCAUACUAUGACUUCCUGCAUGAUUGUGGCUAUGGCUAUGGACCAUCCUUCCAAAGGAUAGAGAAUAUUCAAUACAGCAACAGUGGUGAAGCUCUCGCCCAGAUAUCCUUGUAUCAGGGCAGUGUCCAGUCUUAUGUUGUACAUCCAACAACGUUGGACGCUGUCAUGCAUCUACAGUUUGCUGCUACCAGCAAUGGCUGCAAGAAAAGUCUAGGGACUCUGAUUCCGACGAAAAUCGAUUCCCUAUGGGUUGCAGCUGCGGGGUUAGGCCAUCUUGCAAAAGAUCCUGUGAACGUCCUGACAAAGGUGACCUCUGAAUCACACCGGUUCUGUAAAGUGUCAAUACUUGGAGAGAAUAGUAGUAACCAACAGGAGAUCCUCAGAGUCGUUGGUCUGGAGACGACUGCUGUUGCGACUGCGACAAAUUCGGCACCAAUCCGAAGCCCCGAAGAGCAAGUCCUUACUUACAUAGAUACCAAAAUCGAUAUUGAUACGGCCAGCAGCCAGCAAAUACUGGAUUAUUUAGCGAAGGAAUAUCCUGCACCACCUGAACCAGCAGCCCACCACUUACAGCUGCAAACCGAUAUCUUCCAAUGUCUCCGCGAGGUCAAGGAACAUCUUCAAAACUCGAGUCCUCAAAACAUUCCUCAGCAUAUAAAAUCUUACAUGGCAUGGAUGGAUUUCCAACUCGAGGAGAGCUCUAAAUAUGACAACAAGUACAUAGGCGAGAGCGGCGGGGAGCGACCAGCUGAAAAGCGCUUGUACAUGGAAGUUUGCCAAGAGCUCUCCAGCGUCCUUACUCAAAAGACCAUCCCAACACAGCUUUUGUUCGAAACUGGACUUCUGGAUAACUAUUACGUCGAGAAAGCUCAGACCGAAGUUUACAUCACCAGACUGUUGAAGUAUAUAGAUCUUCUGUCGCAUAAAAACCCAGCGAUGAAGAUUAUUGAGGUUGGUGGUGGGACAGGUACUUUCACUGAACAUAUUCUAGACACUCUACAUCGCCACUCGGAUGGAGAGGCCGGAAUCGUUCGGUGCAAGAGCUACGACUUCACGGAUAUUGGUCCGUUAUUUCUCGAGCGGGCGAAGGAGAAAUUUGGGCAGUAUUCAGACAAGAUGGAUUACGGUAUUCUGAACAUUGAAAAGGAUCCUUCAGAGCAAGGAUACGAAGCUGGGUCAUACGAUCUCGUUAUUGCAAUAUCUGUCAUACACGCCACUCGCACGCUUGAGCAAUCUUUGAGCAAUGUGAGAAAACUACUGAAACCUGGUGGCGUUUUUCUGCUCCAAGAGCCAACAACUCCAGCCAAUCCGACGACGGGAUUUGUAUUUGGUAUCCUCCCAGGGUGGUGGCUAGGCACUGAAGAAAACCGCAAACUUUCACCGCUGGUGGACGAGGAGACAUGGAACACCCUAUUGAUCAAGACCGGGUUUACCGGUACUGAAUUGGUUCUUCGCGAUUAUGAGAGCGAGCUCUGUCAUGAAAUGAGCUUCCUCAUCUCAAAAGCAGUCGACGAACAGACUAGUUCAGUUGAAUCAUCAUCAAAUCUGAGGUAUAAACUCAUUGUGGAAAAAGACUCCAUACUGCAACAGAAUUUGGCCGAACAGCUUCAAAACCAUGGAAAUCUACAAAACUGCGCAUGUGAUAUUUUAACCAUUGAAGAAGCAGCAGCAAUACCGGACCUUAGAGAAUAUGUAUCCAUAUUCCUUCCAGAACUCGAACACCCGUUGCUUACAUCUAUGGGCGAGAAGACUUACAAUACGCUGAAAACUUUCUUGUUGGCUUCGAGUCAUAUUCUCUGGCUUACUAAAGGAGGAGGAGAAUCCCUCAAGGACCCUGCCUAUGUAGUCAUUGAUGGCUUCGCAAGGUCCUUUCGGCUUGAGGCGAACAAUCUGAAACUUGUUUCGCUUGCGCUCCAAGACGAGGGAGGUUUGACUUUUGGACAACUUGAAACCAUCUUCCAGGUCAUGAGAAAAACUCUCCAAAGUCCAAUAGAGGAAUAUGAGAGAGAGUACAUUGAGAAGAAUGGAAUGCUUCAUACCAAUCGAAUUGUCGAGGCCAAUAGCCUGAAGGCAGACUUUUUGGAUCGCUUGGCACAACACAAAACAGACGAAGUAGUUGCAGAAGUGACGCCAGUCUUGUUGGAUAUCGAAUCUCCAGGCCAACUUGACACACUCUAUUUCGCAAAGGACGCCGACGCAAAGUAUGCACCAAGUGCCAACGAAGUAGAAAUCGAAGUCAAAGCCAUUGAGCUAGGGUUUGUUGACUACUCCGUGGUCACUGGCCGCUCUAAAGAGUCUAAGCUUGGCUCUGGAUGUUGUGGAAUAGUCUUGAAGGAUACUCCAGAGUCUGGGUUUCAGGCAGGAGACAGGGUUUGGAUGCACGGUAGUGGGAUGUGCAAGACCGUCGCUCGCUCAUCUGCCGCACUGGUUACAAAGUUACCCAUAGAAAUCUCCUUUGAGCAAGUAUGCGCAUUGCCACCUGGCUCACUUGCGGUUGCCUAUGCAAUGCAUCAGGCUGUAAAUAUUCGGAAAGGCGAUUCGAUGCUACUCCGCUGCUCAAAGCUGCAUUUGGAAGCCGCUCUACAGAUGGCUAUAGCAGCAGAAGUCAAUCUCUACAUCGUUGCUGAAGACGAAACGGCAAAAGAAAUCUUGUCACGCACAAACCGAAUACCCGAUGACCACAUAAUUUCCGGCCCGCGAUUCAGCAGGACAUUGAAGAGACUUACGGGUGGACGAGGUGUCGAUGUGAUCCUAAACUCGGUAGACGAGGACAUUAGUCAAUGCUUCGAGUCCCUGUCACCCUUUGGUACCUUUGUAGACAUUGUUGAUCAUAGGGAGUCCACCGUCAGUCUUCGAAACCAGCAGGCUAACUUGAAUGUUACAACCAUCACGGUCAACAGCGCACUUAUGGCUCAAGAGCGGCCACAGAUGUUAAGCCCGGCCAUGGAGAAGGUAAUUACUUUGGCAGCAGCGGGGGCCCUCAAACCUUCCACAGACGUGAAAACGUAUCCAUUAUCCCAAGCAAAGACAGCGUUCGAGGAGCUAGGAGCAAAUAAAGAAGGCGCCAAGGUAGUAUUGAGUGUUGAGAUGCAAGAUAAAAUCACGUGUAUUCAAUCACGCAAACAAACAUAUCAGUUUCCCGGAGAUGCAACCUAUGUUAUAUCUGGUCUAGGAGGCCUCGGCAGAAGCGUUGCUCGCUGGAUGGGCCAUAAAGGAGCUAAGCAUCUUCUCUUGCUUUCCCGAUCUGGUGGAAAAUCAAAAGAAGCCAUGGAAUGUAUCUCAUUUUUGCAAAAGAUGGGAGUUACCAUUGAAGCUCCCGUCUGCGAUGUCUCCAAUCGAGAAGAUGUGAAGAAGACGAUUUCUAAAUAUCAGACGACAUUGCCGCCAAUUAAAGGGUGCAUCCAUCUCUCCAAAUCAGGAAAUGAUGCGCUUUUUGAAAACAUGCCCUUCUCGAUGUGGCGGGAGAACAUGGGCGCGAAAGCAGACGGAGCAUGGAAUCUUCACGAAUUCCUCCCUAAAGGUCUUGACUUUUUUGUUAUGUUCGCAUCGAUUGGUGGUGUCAUCGGCUCGGUUACUCUCGUUGCCUACGGAUCAUCAAACCAUUAUCUAGACGGCCUCGCACAAUACCGAAUUUCACAGGGUGAGAAAGCAAUGGCACUAGACUACGGAGUUGCCGAAGAAGAUGGCAGGCUUGCUGAAGACCAAGCUCUGUUCCAUAGGUUCAUGUUGGAAGGCAAGUAUAUCCCAAUGCCUGAAUAUGAAUUCUUGGCCCUGUUGGACUACGCCUGUGAUCCUACCACACAACUAUCCAACAUCAGGGAGAGCCAGCCAGUUAGUGGUAUCGAGACUCCAGCGAAAAUCAUGGCCAAGGGGUUCGAGCUGCCACAGGCAAUGCGCCAACCGCUUUGGCGUCAUAUGUUCCAUGUAAAGGCCGUUGAGAAAACGAACAAUUCUUCCGCUACGGCGGAUAGGAAGCAGAAUCUCACCGCAAAACUCGACAAUACUGUUUCCAUAGAAGAAGCAGCAAACCUUAUCACAGCAGCUUUAGUCAAGCGAGUGUCAAGGACGACUUCAGUCGCAGAAGAGAAGUUGGAUAUAAAUCGGCCAAUGCAUACUUACGGGGUUGACUCAUUGACAGCUGUUGAUUUGCGGAACUGGUUUGCAAGCACCAUCAGUAUUGACGUGGCCGUGUUCGAAAUUUUAGGGGAUGUCUCCUUCGCAGAUAUUGGCGGUCUUGUUGCGAGGAAGUACAAGGAGACGCCUCGAGAGGGUUAA